AUGACAUGCGCCAAGGUCAUCCAUCAUACGUCAACGACUGCCGACAGCUACCGCGUGCGCCGCAAUCGCUUGGGCUCGUUCAUUUGCAUUGCCUCGAUGCUCAACGUCUCGUCCAUGCCACUCGCAGCGUACAUUUCCGAGUACCUGCCGUGGCGCGGCGCGUUCACACCGCCAGAAACCCAUGCCAACUACACGUCCUUCAGCGCUGCAACACUUGCGCUCCACCAAGAGCGCUACUCCAACGCCACGCUACCGGCGGGGACCACGUUUCUCGUGGACGACAAUUACAACACCCAAGUUGUUCGCGCUCUUGUGCCCGUGCAUGCACAGCCUCUGCGCUUUGGGGACUGCUUUGCCACGUCGAUUUUGGGCCUACCCGGGCUUUCUUUCUAUUCGGAUAGCCUCAACAACUUUGUCUGCAACGUCCUCGACAACCCGACGACACUUGUCGCCAACGGCUCGUGCUUCCACCUCAACAUGCUUUCGCGUCCGUACGACCGAGCGUGCCUCUGGUUCGUGCCUGGCGACGGCAUCUCGAGCCAUCCUAACAAGGCGGAUAAGGUUGUCACGCUCUACUUUGUCAAGACGGAGCUUCGAACCCCGGCAUUCGCGUGGUUUUUGUUUGUCUAUCGCCUUGGGACAACGCUCUUUGUGUGGUACCGUCUCUACGUCCACUACUACCGCCACUGCUUGGAGCUCGAGGCGCGGCUUCGCCGGUUCGGCCACCGACUCAAGAUGCCAGCGGGCGACUGGUCGUACGAGAUUGUGCUGGGCGAUCCGACGGCCAUUGUGCUCAUGGACGCAUGGGUUGCAUCGCUCUACUACCUCGAUACGUGGUUUGGCUGCACCAACAUUGGAACCGCAACCUUGCAGAUGCAGGACAGUGGCGACGCGUUGCUCAUGCUGCGAGGUGUCAUGUACCUGGCGCGCACAGUGUGGUUUGCGUACUGGGGUCUCUGCCUCGUUUCGUAUGCGCUCAAGCGCUGGAAGAAACAACAUGCUUUCAAGGAAGUCGACCCGACGGUUGUGGCCAUCGUCGUGACCAUCAAUGGGCCUGCCUUUACGUUCAUGACGGGCCACGUUGUGAUCUUUGCUCGCUUUUACCAAUGGAUGUUCAACUGCCUCAUCCCAAGAGCGUUCCAAGGCCAAGAGGUUGAGGUCGGCCUCGUGUCCAUCAUAUUUACCGUACUCACGAUCCACAUGCCGGUGGCCUAUGGUUUGGUGGCGGGUAUGUGAAGGGCUUUAUGACUGCAGAACGAAGUGUUGCAUGGAGGACUCGUGCUGUAUGUCGUGUAGGACGACGCAAUGGCGAGGCAAAC